AUGGCAUCAACCCUCCCCCCAAACGGCCGCCUCGUCAAUAUCGGCACCCACUCUCUAGCUCUCUACGCCCACGGUCCAGAGCCCAACAGCCCCACCGAUCCCGUCGUACUCUUUGUCUCCGGUGUAGCCAGUGAUGCCCUCAACUGGCAAGCUGUGAUACGGCUUCUCGGCCCCUCUCAGGUGCGGAGCUACACGUAUGACCGCUCCGGCAAUCGCCACUCAGACCCCUCACCCAACCCACCAACAGCCGAGAACAUUGCCCGAGAACUCGCCCUCUUGAUCGAACACGCCCCCAUACCUAACCCACUCGUUCUCGUGGGCCACUCUUGGGCUGGUGUGCUCACGCACGAGUAUUUUGCCCUCAAAGGCACCAAGCAGGUCGCGGGUCUGGUCCUUGUGGAUGCGAACCAUGAGACGGCGCCGCUCGUGCUAGACGUCAACGAUCCUAUUCUCUGGAUAAAGAUCGCCGCAGGAGUUAAGACAUACGACGGCUGGGGGUUGACGACGUCGCAUAAGCUCACGAAGGAAGAAUGGGACGCUUUUAUCGCGGAAGAGGCUACAGAGAAGCACAAACUAAUUGCGCAGCGAGAGGAUUCCGAGGGUUACUCGCAAAGUUUCGAAACGCUGAGGAGUAAGGGCCUGGCAAAGAGGCAGCCGCUUCUUGGGGACAAGCCAGUGUAUGUGAUUGUGGGCACGCGAAGCAGAGACUGGAGCGGGCUUUACGCUGCGGGUGUCGCGAAGGGGAACGGGACGGAGGAGGAGAGGAAGCAUGUGAGAGAUAUGAUUGAGGGCGUUGAUGAGAAAACUGAGAGGCUCAUGAGGGAGUUUCUGAAGCUCUCUAGAAAGAGUGAUACUGUGUUUGCGAAGGAGAGUGGGCAUUUCGUGCAGAUGACACAGCCAGAGAUCGUUGUUGAUGGAGUGAGGUGGGUGCUGGACAACCAACCAGCGACUGAGUAA